AGCAAAGACUUCGGAUCCGUUUGUAAGGAGAGAGAUUUUGGUGGUGACCACUCCUUUGAUUUUACACCUGCGGUGAGAUCGGCGGCGGAGUCAAGACAACGACGGCGUAUUAGCCGGUGACUGACGGGAGUCAUGCUGAGAUAGUCAUUGGCGAAUCCGUUCUUCUUCCCCGGAGAGGACGAAGAGCAUCGAAGAAUCUUGUCAAGAAACAGCGAUGCUUGUCUCUGUUUCUUCGUUUUAUCUCUCCGAUCUUGUCUCUCGGAUCCGGUGAAGAAGCUGCCGCUGAUCUCAUCUUGCAGCUUUUAAAGUUUUUGUCUUUUGAAUCCGUCGAUUUCAAUUUGAGGUAUGAUUGGAUUUGAGGAGCUUCAGUGGUUAAUAAGUUGAGAGUAAUGCGAAUCUGAGAUUGUUCGAUUAUUGGGGAGCUUUUGGUAUGCUGAAAAGAGAUGUCCUUCAAAAGCAUCCUUCGUGAUCUGAAGGAAGUGAGGGGUGGACUUGGAGGUAUCUCGAAGCGUAGUUGGUCAAAGUCGUCUCACAUUGCUCCUGAUCAAACAACACCACUUCCGGAAAACAUCCCGCAGAGCCCAUGGGCUUCUUUGCCGCCUGAGUUGCUUCUCGACAUAAUCCGGAGGGUUGAAGAGAGUGAGACCGCUUGGCCCGCUCGAGCUGCCGUGGUCUCUUGUGCUUCUGUCUGUAAAUCAUGGAGAGAAAUCACUAUGGAGAUUGUGAGGAUCCCUGAGCAGUGUGGGAAGCUCACUUUUCCAAUCUCAUUGAAACAGCCAGGGCCUCGAGACUCUCCAAUUCAAUGCUUUAUUAAGAGGAAUAGAGCAACAGCUACAUAUAUUCUCUACUAUGGCUUGAUGCCUUCUGAGACAGAGAGCGACAAACUGUUGUUAGCAGCAAGAAGAAUUAGAAGAGCGACAUGCACGGAUUUUAUAAUUUCACUAUCUCCUAAAAACUUCUCACGCAGCAGCAGCACUUAUGUUGGCAAACUAAGGUCUGGUUUUCUGGGAACCAAGUUCUCAAUAUAUGACAACCAAACAGCAUCAUCCACAACACAAUCUCAACCUAACCGAAGGCUUAACCCCAAGCAAGCGGCCCCUAAAUUACCUGCUAAUUGCACUACCGUAGGAAACAUUACCUACGAGCUCAAUGUUCUUCGCACAAGGGGACCUAGAAGAAUGCAUUGCGCUAUGGAUUCUAUACCCCUCUCUUCUGUUAUUGCUGAACCAACAGUAGUUGAAGGCAUAGAAGAGGAAGUAUCUUCCUCACCUUCACCAAAAGGAGAAACUAGCUCAACAGAUAGAGAGAUCCCUGAUAUUUCCCGAAGGUUAAGGGACCAGCCGCUAGUGCUCAAAAACAAAUCCCCACGAUGGCAUGAGCAAUUGCAGUGCUGGUGCCUCAACUUUAAGGGGAGAGUGACUGUGGCUUCAGUUAAAAAUUUCCAGCUUGUGGCAGACAUUGACACUUCUUUGGAUGCAUCAACUGAAGAACAUGAGAGGGUGAUUUUACAGUUUGGCAAAAUCGGUAAGGACAUUUUCACCAUGGACUAUCGCUACCCUCUCUCUGCUUUUCAAGCCUUUGCUAUAUGCAUCAGCAGCUUUGACACUAAACCGGCUUGCGAAGGGUAAAAGUUAACCCUUUGAGUAAAAUCCAUCUCGGCAAAUCAUCAUAGAAAGCUUUUCUUAUCUUUAGGUUUCAAUGUUCAAUUCAUGCAAAGCUCUUUGUAUGUAGAUUGUUGUAGCUCUUUUGAACUAUGCUUUAAACCCCAUCUCUCCAAAAUUCACUGUGUCAAAGAUUUGAUGGGGCUUGGUAGAUAAGCUUAAUGAUGUUAUAAUGUUAUAUCCAA